AAAAGGGAAAAAAGAGAUCGAAUUAUCACAUCAAAAUCCCACAAGAAAAAACAUCAAAUUGGUUGCUAGCACAUUAGCCAUUACUGAUAAAAAUCCAAGUAUCAGAUCAGAAGAUCAACUGAUAUGGUUCAAAUGUUCAUUAUUACAAAAGAUUUGGUCUGCCUCCCUUACUCUAUAGACAAUCAUAAGUAGUCAAGAGAUUUAGAUUUAUUUAUGUACUCUCUAAAGGCCCUUUCAAGUUUAAGUACACUAGACUAGACUAGACUCUUAGUUAGUGGUGCUACAAUUAAACUUUGCUUUUAGAGUUUUUAACUGAGUUGGGUGAUUUUGGGGCCAACCUAGAGUAAUAAUAAGCUGAAAAGAACAAGGGAGUUAGAUGGAGCAUGGGUGUUAUCCAUUGUCUAAAAUGAGCUAAAAAAGCAAAAGACUUUCGUCUGAAAAAUGGUGCCUUUAAGAGAGAGGAGGUACCUGACACCAAACAGAAGUUUUCAACAGAGAGAAUCCAGAUAUUUUAAUUGUGAUGAUUGCAGAGAAAACAGAUAAAGAAAUGUGGUGAGGAGGACAAAGAAGAUCAGAAAGAAAGAGAAAGAGAAAGAGAAAGAGAGAAGCAACAAAGGAGGGGCCCUCCCUAAAGCUGCAACAGAAAUGAGUGGCACUGCUGCACCAAGGAGUAAUGUGUUUCCCUUCCUUUUCUCUGUCUCAAUUUCCUCUCUAUCUUCUUGUUUUUUACUUAUCUUUCUCUUUCUAUCUAAAUAAAACGGGCCAUCUCCAUAGUUUUCUCUGCACAUCUGCUUUUUUUUUCCUAUCUUUUUUUUCUGGGGGCUUUUUUGGACUCUAUCUCCCUCCUUUUUAGUGGGUUCUCUAUGAUGUUGCUGUUUAUAUAUAUAUAUAUAUAUAUAUAUUAAAAACCCAAUUUAUGUUUUAGAGCUUUAAAAUCUUUGUUGGACGGAUUAUAAAUCUUGUUGGGGUCUGAAACUGUGAUCUCAGUUUCUUGGUGUUUGUUCUUUGAAAGGAAAAACAAAAGCUCCACUUUUCUGUUCAUGCAAACAAAUUAACACCACCUUUUGUGUGUGUGUGUGUUUGCUUUUUUCCUUUUUUUUAUAUUCUUUAUGUUAAAGAAGAAAACAAAGUUUUUUUUAACUACAGUUUUCUAGCUUUUUGACAAUGGUCUUUUUAAUGGAGAAACAGAAAUCUAAUGAUUUCAUGUGAACUUUGCAUUGUAGUGGCUUCUUUUGUGUGUCUCUAAGAACACCCAACAUUCAUUUUUCAAUCUAUAUAGUUAUAAUUAGGGUGUGGGUGAAGACACUAGCUUCCCUUAGCUGUUUUUGUACUGUAGAUAAAAGCAAGGUUGAAACCUGCAUAUAAUAUCAGUUCUUCAGGUUCACGGUGGAUCAACUGAAUGAUCAUUUUUGAACUCAAGGAAGUUAUAUAAUGAACUUAUGUUGGCUUAAUGCUCCGAAUGAUGAAAUGAAGGCUAAGCUUUAAGAACCCUACAUGUUAAAGGAGCUUCGUAUGGUUGAGGCCAUGUGAUUUUUGUUCCCAAAGUAUAAUGGAGAAUGAUAUGUUCAGCAUUCCACGACCUAUGGUGAGCCAAAAUUCUGUUGUUAUCAAUGGGAUUCCACCAGAGACUAUCACUAAUAAUUCAGUAGUUGAGUCCAACUUGUUUAACCAGAUCAACCAAAAUCAGACUCUAGUUGGAUUUCCCGUGCUUCCCUCGGUGCAAGGAGAGUUUGGCGGUGAUCUGUGUUCCGAUCUCCAUGUAUCUAAUCAUGCCAGAUUCUUCGACUCUAAUGCAUUGAUUGCAUCUGUUGGAAGAAAGGUUGCCAGUGAUGCUUCACUUGACAGUUCGGGUUUGGAACAUAACAUUGAGUUUCAUGAGCAGUUUAUUGGCAGGACACCUGUUUCUUCAACUCCACCUGCAAGCUGUGGUCUUCAAGAAAACUUAAACGAGUUAGCAAUUGUAGCGCCUUCGAUCUACCCUCAGGAUUUCAGGAAUUACUCUUCAACUGAAUGUUCUGAUGGUAUAAAUUCUACCACAGUAACCUCGGUGAAUAGUGUAUUGAAUGAAGUUUUUGGUAGUAUGACAAAUAAAUGGGAUUUUGAGAAGUUUCCUGGUCCUCUUGAGCAUGUUGGCAAAACCACAUUGAAGACUGCAUUUCAACCAUAUUCGUCUAUAGGAUGUCCAGAUCCAAACAGUUGGAUGGCACCUAAUGGUGCAAAUAUGAGCCUGAAUUAUCCUUGUGGUUCCUCAAAAAAUAGUAAUGAGCUCUCGUUAAGUCUUGCAACAUCUCUUCCUGGUGUUAUCAGUGGGAAUAAUAUACCCGAUCAGUCCUCCGAAAUUAACUGUUGCUUGAAUACAACAAGGUUAGGUUCAGAACAAACCUCUUCCAAUGCUAAGGAGCUUUCUCUGAGUUUUGGUUCCGAUGGACCCGUUCAAGUAUCACACUUAAUAUCGGGAUCUAGAUAUCUUCAUGCAGUUCAAGAAAUACUUGCUCAAAUUGCAAACUAUUCACUUGAUAAUCUAGAGCAGAUGAGUGUUGGACCUGGAGCAACUAUGCCGUUCUCCUCAAGUUGUCUAGCUGGAAGAUGGAUGGCAGUGAUGGAUUCAAAUGAUUGUCCCAAUGUUGAUGGUGAUACUGAGGUUCAGUUAGAGGCAGAAUUACAAAAACGGACUGUCGAGGCCAAAAAAACCCAACUGCUGACUUUACUUCAAGUGGUUGAUGACAGAUACAGUCAAUGCUUGGAUGAGAUCCAUACGGUUAUAUCUGCAUUCCAUGCUGCAACUGAGUUGGACCCCCGGGUGCAUGCUAGUUUUGCUCUACAUACGAUCUCUUUCUUAUACAAGAACCUUAGAGAGAGGAUCAGCAACCAAAUCCUAGCCAUGGGAGCAAAUUUCAACAGUGAAUGCAGUAGAGAUAGGGAAAAAUCUUUUCAGAAUUCAUUCAUCCAGGAGCAAUGGGCGUUACAGCAGCUAAAGAAGAAGGAUCAAAUAUGGAGACCGCAGAGAGGGUUGCCUGAAAAAUCUGUCUCGGUUUUACGUGCGUGGAUGUUUCAGAACUUUCUUCACCCGUAUCCAAAGGAUGCAGAGAAACAUUUACUUGCAAUAAAAAGUGGGUUAACGAGGAGCCAGGUCUCUAAUUGGUUCAUAAAUGCUCGUGUUCGGCUUUGGAAGCCAAUGAUAGAGGAAAUGUAUUCGGAGAUGAACAAACGAAAAGCUCGACAAAAUGAGGAAGGAACCAAGAGCAACCCCAGAAGCCAGAUAAGCAUCAACCAUCAAAGAUUUAACUUCAAUUAAAAGCACAAGAAAGAAUGGAUCAGCGGACAAUGGAUUCUGGAUUUGAGCACGUUUUUCAGUAGGAAAGAAACACAUCCACCUCAAGGUUACAACUGUACAUAAUGCUCCAUUAUAGUUGGGACCUUUAGCUUUAAGGGUAUGAUUCUAAUUCAUACGGGGAACUCUUUUGUUGAAAGUAUUUUUGAAUUCAUAGUAAAAUUUUCAUGGACUUGGUAUAUUGAAUGCCUUGUUAUGGGUAGUGGUACUGGCACACUUUUUUGUUUUUAUGCAUGUGGGGGAUUCAUGGGUUACCAAUGUACUUAUGAUGUUCCACAACAUACCAAUAUUACACUAGUAUAUAUAUUAUAGUAAUACAUAAUGUGAUGGCAGCAAAAUGUACUUUGAAA